AUGCACAAAUCGGUUCUGAGAGUUUGCAGAGACAUACUUAAUGGAAUAGUGUUGAGCGACACCGACUACCGCGUGACCGGCAUCAUAGACUUCGGCGACAUCCAGUUCUCGUACUACGUGUUCGAGCUGGCCAUCAGCAUGACGUACGCGAUGCUGCUCAGCGGGCAGCCGAGCACCGGCGGCCUCGUGUUGGCCGGCUACACGGUCACCAGGCGCCUCCCGGACCACGAAUACCGCCUGCUCAAGACCUUAAUCUCGGCGAGGCUGGUGCAAAGCCUGAUCCUGGGAGCAUAUACGUUGGAACAAGACCCCAGCAACACGUACGUCAGUUCCACCGAGAAGGCAAAGGGCUGGGAGCUGCUCCGGAAGAUCAGGAAGAGCACGCCCAGCCCCGAGGGCGAUGACACCGAUUGGAAGACCAUCGCCAACGAGUACCUCACGAGAAGC